AUGGUGAAUGAGCAGACGGAAGCAGGUGCCACUGAACCAGUCCGGAUCGUGUCCCGGCGCAUGGUCCAGCCGCCCUCGGAGGAGGCCGUGGUGGACAUCCACCUCAAGCCCUGGGACCUCCGCCUCAUCACCAUAGACUACAUACAGAAGGGCAUACUGCUGCCCAAGCCUCUAACCGGCGGAGUCGUCGACACCCUCGCCUUCUCCUUCGCUCGUGCUCUGGCCGGCAGGUUCUAUCCCUUGGCCGGCCGGCUUACCGUGGAGCACCAUGCUGACGAGACCAUCACCGUCCUGUUACGCUGCACCGGGGAUGGCGCCGAGUUCAUCCACGCGGUAGCACCAGAUGUCACCGUCGAGGACAUUGUCGCCUCGGUCUUCACCCCUUCGGUGGUCCGGGACUUUUACCCGCUCAACCAUGUGCUCGGCGCCGACGCCGCCAUCAAGUCGCUGCCCGUGCUGUCGGCGCAGGUCACCGAGCUCCAUGACGGCAUCUUCAUCGGCUUGUCGAUGAACCACUGCGUCGGCGACGGCACCACUUUCUGGGAAUUCUUCAACACCUGGUCGGAGAUAAGCCGAGGUGGUGCAAAAAAUGACGACCUAGGCGACAUAUCCUUCAACUCCAAGCCGACGCCGAGGCCGGUGCUGGCGCUCCAGGAAUGGUUCGUUGACGAUGCCAUCCCUGUACAAAUCCGUUUGCCGUACAGCAAGCUGCAGCAAGUCCUCCGGCGAUUCGAGCGCCCCACGGUGAAGGAAUGCUUCUUCACCUUCUGCGCUGCGAGCCUGAGGAAGCUGAAGGCCAGGGCCAACAAUGAAAUGGCGGGCACGGCCACCGCUACAAUCUCCUCGCUCCAGGCCCUCCUUGCCCAUGUUUGGCUGGCGUUGUCCCGCGCGCGGCGCCUCCCACCGCAGCACGAGACAUCUUACUCCAUGUUCAUCGGGUGCCGGGGGCGCGUGAAAGGCAUACCGCAAGGUUAUCUCGGAAACGCUGUAGUGUUUGGCAAGACAAGCUCCACCAUCGGCGAGAUCCUAAACAAGGGUUUAGGCUGGACGGCAUGGCAGCUAAACCGCUCGGUGGCAUCCUUUGACGAGACUACCAUGAAAGAGUGGUUGGAUUGCUGGAUCCGCGAGCCCGACUUUGAGUACAUGGGGAACCUAUCAUCAGGAGGGGCGGCGAUGAUGACGGGGAGUUCACCACGGUUCGACGUAUUCGGGAAUGACUUCGGGUGGGGGAAACCAGUUGCCGUGCGAAGCGGUCCUGGGGACAAGAUGGACGGGAAGGCGACUGUGUUCGAGGGGCCAGAGCGGGGAGGGAGCAUGUCACUUGAGGUGUGCAUUGCGCCGGAUGCGUUGGCAAGGCUUGUGGCCGACAAGGAGUUCAUGGAGACCGUGAGCAUGCCAAUGUGA